CAUUUAAAUUUAUUGUUAAUGGUAAAGACCACAAACAAAUAACUUGUGAAAUAUACAUAAUCAUGGAGGUUUCCCGGUUGGAAAACAGUUCUCUUCGAGAGGAAUAUGUCUUAAAAUUGUGGGACAGCUAUAUCCUAGAUAACUUAGUAGAAGCGGCUCCGUGUCAAAUUGGAAUUUACGAUCUGAGGACUAAACGUCGUAUCACCAGCAGUGAGGGAUUCUGGGUAUCCCCGAAGGAACUCGAGGUUGCUAUCGAAGCUGUGACUUAUCCAGAUUUAGUACAGAGGAACGGACUCGUUAUCAACGGAAAGACAUACGACGUACGGCUAGCCGACGGGAAAAAUGGGAUUUUUGCUCGGAAAGAAUUUGACGGCUGUACGGUGUGUAAAACUUUCACCUUGCUGAUAAUUGCUAUAACGGACGAACGAUACGAGGCAAAAGUUUGCAAUGAACAGGUCAUGAAGCUAGGGGAUUUUCUAAGGAGAGGCGGAUUAUAAGGUGAAAACUUUCAAAAUGUAAACUACCGACGAAAUACUCAACGAUUAAUGUGAUCAUCAUUUAACUUUGUUUCACCUUCCUCCAUAAUGGUUUACACUUAGCUCUUUCUCGAAGGAUUCAAUUCUAUUGUACACAUGUGCAAGAUGCUAUUACAGUAUUAAACAUUUUAGGUGCUUUCUUGUUGCAAACACUGCAAUUUAUUUGUUAAAAAUAGAUACCAAAAUAUUUGUCUGAAAUAGCUGGGUUUUUUUUACUGUACCGGUCCUUUUUAAGAUUAUUUAUACAUGUUUUGCUUGAUUUUUCAAUGUUGU